GCCGGCUGCACUUUGGCAGCUGAAUUUUGUUUUGCCUGUCCUGCUCUGCCCACCCCCUGGUGUUCAUGCUUUUAUCUAGGGUGUAUGUGUGAUGGAGAGAGGGAAGGAGAGGUUGUGUGCUGGGAAGACAGAGAGGGAAAGAGAGGCGCUGGGUCGGUGUAAGACUGCUGUGCAGGAGGUGCAGGCGGGAUGCUGACUACAAAGUGCACAGCUGCACCGGCGAACUGCGCGAGGUAGCCAGAGGCAGCGAUAGUAAGUAGGAUGAGGUAUAAUCAGCUGCUGUAUCACGGCACAGGCAUCAACACGCAAGAGUCCGGGCGCAUCAACCGUGACCGUUUUUUGUCCUGACAGCCCGGCGGCGGCGCAGGCUGCACCGUGACAAGACGAUCCACGGUAUCGCAUCAGCCCUGCAGACCGGACGAGACUGUCUCCGGACAUCAUCGAUUUUACUCUGUGACAGCCAGCUCACGUUCAUAAGUGUGCGAGAAAAAGAAAAGAAGAAGAAGAGGACUGAUGAAUGUGUGAGCUCACCUUUUCGUUCACCUUGGAAAUAUAACAACGCAUGAAAGGUUGAUGGAUCGCCUGCCGCAGAAACAAGUUGGCACGGACCCUUGUGGCCAUAAAGUACAGCCUGGAAACUGUUCAUUAAUUGGAGCUGGUCUGGAUUUACCUCCACAACUCCAAACACAGGAAGCACCUCUAAGCAGCCAGUCGGAAAAGCUCAAGAAAACGUCUGGAUUGAAUCCCAUGCAGGUGGUCGUUAUGCCAAAAAGGGGGACUGAGCAGAUGCAGUCAGGGCAGACGAAGCCUGCGUCCACUCCAGUAACACUGGCAUGCAUAAGCCGACCAAGGCCAACUGCUCUUGGAAAUAAACCAAGGCGAACCAGAAUUUCAGUGGAGCCAUCCAACGAGAUAGAUUUGAUCCCUAUUUGCAUCCCAGGACCUCAGAGUACAAACAUACUCCUACACUCCCCAACAGAUUCUUCAUUGCCUCCUCACAGUCCUCAUUCUCCCCAUUGCCCUCAGCCUUACCUGAACCCGACCCCCUGCCUUCCUCCACCACCACCACCAUCCCCUCCUCCCCCUCCCCCCUCUCCUCGCCAGCCAUCACCUCACCUGCCCUCCAGCCUAAGCUUCAAGCCCAGCCUCAGCCCUCAGCCCCAGAAGACCCCCUCACCUGGAAGCUCAGCACAGAGCCAGCUUCAGUCUGAGAAGCCAGGAGGAGAGAACAAUGACUUCAGGGUGUACAUCAUCACAUGGAACGUGGGAUCAGCUGUGCCGCCAGAUGACAUCACUUCUCUCUUUGGACCAAAUGUCUCAGAUGGGAACAUUGACAUGUUUAUCAUCGGACUCCAAGAAGUCAACUCCAUGAUAAACAAAAGACUGAAGGAUGUUCUUUUCUCAGACCAGUGGAGUGAGCUUUGCAUGGACACACUCAGCCCUUUUGGAUAUGUUUUGGUGGCGUCCCAGCGAAUGCAGGGAGUGCUGCUGCUGGUUUUCUCUAAAUUCUGCCACCUUCCAUUUCUCAGAGGUGUGCAGACACAGAGUACACGCACAGGACUUGGGGGAUACUGGGGGAAUAAAGGCGGCGUCAGUGCAAGGAUGACCAUGUUCGGCCACCCCGUGUGCUUCCUCAACUGUCACCUGCCAGCUCACAUGAGGAACCUGGAACAGAGGAUGGAAGACUUUGAAAGCAUCCUGCAGCAGCAGCAGUUUGAAGGAGGGGCUGCUACUGGUGUACUAGACCAUGAUGUCGUGUUUUGGUUUGGGGAUUUAAAUUUCCGUAUUGAAGACUAUGAUAUCCAUGUGGUGAAAUGUGCCAUUGACAGCAAUAAGCUGCCUCUUCUGUGGGAGCGGGAUCAGCUCAACAUGGCUAAAAACACAGAGCUCAUCCUGGAAGGCUUCAUGGAGGGACAACUUAAAUUCCCACCUACUUAUAAGUUUGAUGUAGGCACUCAUACCUACGAUACCAGUGCUAAAAAGAGGAAACCUGCCUGGACAGAUCGCAUCCUAUGGCGUCUUCGCCGCACUGGUUCACCAGUUCCUACCCACAAUGCAGCACUGCAGCGUGGCCUGACCUCGUGGUUGGGGGGGGCAACUAAAGUGACACAGCAUGCGUAUCGCAGUCACAUGAGUUUCACCAUCAGUGACCACAAACCUGUUUCUGCCCUGUUUUCACUACAUUUCCCAUUCAGGGUGGAUAUGCCUCUGGUGGAACUGCAGGUAAACAAGGAAUGGUGCAAAGCCUCAGAUGCUACAGUCAGAUUCACUGUUGCAUCAACUUAUCAGCGCAGCUCAUGGGACUGGGUGGCAAUAUACAAGGUUGGAUUCAGACAUCACAAAGAUUAUCAGGCGUAUGUGUGGGCCAAAGCGGAGCAUGCAACGCAGGUGACAUUCUCAGAGGAGGAUUUGCCGAGAGAUGACUGUGAAUAUAUCCUGGGUUACUACAGUCAUAACAUGAACAGCAUUGUUGGAUUGUCAUCACCAAUUCAGAUCAACAUGCCAGUUCACAGUCCCACCGUGUGUCGCUCCGAGAGCUCCGAUGUCAGCUCUGAAGAUGACAGCACUCUUGUUCUGCUGGCUCCAAACUCCCGCAGCCCGAGCCCUAAAGCGGGCAAACACCACCACCGUCACCGGCGCAGUCGCAGCCCUGCACUUCCUGCUCUUUCAUCUAAUCCCCUCCCUUCUCUGCAGAGCCUCAGCCUCGGGCCUCGCUCCAAAGAGAGCCAGACACGAAGCCGCUCUCCCUGCUCUAAAAAGGAGCGGCUGAUGUCCCCCGACGCCGUGCCAUCUCCCACCAUCAGCCCGCUCAGUCCUCGCAGCCCUGUGUCUCCAGGUAGUGUGGUGACUGCACCAGAGGCCCUGGUUGCUGCUAUCCUAGGUGAACCCAGACCAGCUCAGGUUAGCCCCACAGGGGUGAAACGGAUAGGAAAGACAGGGGAAACAGACACUGCAAAGAAAAUGAAGAUCAAGAGUUAAAAUGAGACUGUGUAUGAGCGGGGAAAAAAGCAAUAUCCAUCAAAUCAGAGUCUGAUCUGACCCCCGUGUCACUGUGCUCAUAGUGUCACAGGGCAUUUAUUGACUCCUAAUGUAGUUUGCAAACAUUCCUUUGCUUUCCCAGUGCUUUUAUAGACUCAUAAGCUAUAUCAUUAUGUAAACAAGCAUACUGAAUAUGAGGCUAAAGUUGGAGCAAACCUGUGACCGAUAUGAACAGAUGUUAUUGACAGCAAUAUGGAUCCAUGUAAACUGCAUCAGAGUAAGGACCUUGGAUCACAAGUGUUGAUGGUAUCGCAGUUAACAGCAGAGUGUGUGUGUGUGUGUGUGUGUGUGUGUGUGUGUGUGUGUGUGUGUGUGUGUGUGUGUGUGUGUGUGUAGACCUUUGUGCUAAACCAUAAAUAUGUCAAACUUUCAUUUUGGAACACAUGAUGGUUUAAAUGUUUAACUCUAUAGGUCUUGGUCUGUAUUCAUAAAACAAAUCCAAUGCAUCCAAAAGUAGAGAAAUCAUCUAAUUCUAUCUGAAAUCUACAUGUGACUGUGAAAACUUGAACAUCGCUUUUUGUGGAUACAGCCCCUGUUCUAUAGGGCACCUUGAGUGACUGUUUAGGCUAAUAAUGUGUUUCUUUGGCUCCCAGGAAACUGUGUUGUGUCAUCUAUGCGAGUGUGCAAAUAAAAGAGCAAAU